AUGGCCUCUAGACAGAUAGAGCCCUACCCCUUCAAGUUCGAUACGGAAGAACUCAUAAACUCCGAGCCUCAUCCCGAGCGCUCCACCGAGGUGACUAUAAACUUGAGAAAUGUACGCGGUCGUAUACCGUCUUUUCAGGCCGCUCGACUUCGUAGUCUGUGGUUAGAGGGGUACAAAAACCCAGAGAAAAUUCUGGCUUUCCCAUGUUCCUAUGAUGGUCUGUCCUCGCGGCUGGUAGAAGAGGCUGGGUUCCCGAUCGUGUUUAUGUCUGGCUUCAACAUAGCCAGUUCAUUCGGACUACCCGAUACCGGAUAUGUCGCCAUGCAGGAAAUGUGCGAAAAGCUCCAGGAAGUUGUGCGCCAGGUUAACAUCCCGGUCAUGGCAGAUGGUGAUACUGGGUACGGCAGUCCAAUGAAUGUCAGACGUACGGUAGAGUCAUUUGCGAAGGCCGGUGCGGCCGGCGUCAUGAUUGAGGACCAGACAUGGCCGAAACGUUGCGGCCAUACGAAAGGGAAGUCGGUAGUGUCGCGCGAAGAAGCUUACGCACGCAUCCAAGCAGCAUGCGAUGCUCGCAAUGAAGGCCAGGAUAUCUUUGUACUGGCUCGAACCGAUGCUCUCAUUAUCAGCGGGGAGGAGGCGAUGACCCGUGUAGCAGAAUUUAAGCGCAUCGGAGUUGACGCUAUUUUUGUAGAAGCCCUCCCGGAUCGCGCAGCUAUGCAGCGUUGCGUGAACGAGGUUGAUAUGCCUAUGUUAGCUAACAUUAUUGAGGGUGGCAAAACAGAAAAUCUGUCGGCAAAGGAAUUAGCUGAGUUGGGUUUUGCAGCUGUUGCUUAUCCAUGGACCUUAGUCGCGGCAAAAUUGAAAAGUAUUCGCGACACGUUAGAGAGCCUCAAACGGAGUAUGACAGUUGGAGCGCCUGACAUGAUUCUGAGUUAUGAUGAGGUUGUUGAGGGAGUAGGCUUCAAGAAGUACUGGGAAUUAGAAGAAAGGUACAAGUAUAAGGAGUGA